UCUUAUAAGAAGUGCCAUGGAGUGCAGAGCUGUGCCUAUACUUCCCACUUACUCGCAGGCCUGCGGUACCUAUCUGCCUCGAAAGCCUUCCCUUUGCCGUACUCUCUUUGAUUAUGGUCCUCUUAACGAUCCCGUGAUAAUUCUCAUAACUCUGGCCGUGGUCGUGGGAUCCUUUUGCCUGCUCAGCGGCUUUAUUCUGCUGUGUGUAGUUUCCAAGGCCUGGCAGGAUGAAACCUCCGAGGCCAUACUCCUGAUGGCGAUUGGUUUCUUUAUCACUGCCCUGUCAUGUGUUUCCUGGAAAUUAACGCGUGCCCAGCGAAUUAGUCAGUUGGUGGAGGCUAUAAGCGUGGAGACCCAAACGAUCUGACUUAGAUAUAAAAUUCUAAAAAUACUUGUAAAUUAUUUAUAUAGUUUUAGGAAAUCAAUAAAGUAAUUUUUAAUAUGU